AUGUUUGGAGAGGAAUUUGAGUUGAAUGCAAGUUCAUUAUUCUAUAGUUUACGUGUAUUGUUCAAUGGUUCUCUAGAUAUUGCCCUGAAAGUUUUCAGUAACCUUGUUUUCAAUUCCAGAGAAAACCAGUCGUUGCACAAGAGGAUAGUGACCGAUAGCAGGAAGUUCGAGGAGCUCGCCGCACAGCUGAACGAGCUCAAGAAGAAAUACGCCGCCUCCCGAGCUGACCUCGAGCGCGAGCAUAAACGAAAUGAACGCCUGAAGGCAACUUACGAUGCCAAAACGUCGGACCUCGAGAAAGAUAGCGACAAGCAGAAGGCAAAGAUCCGCGACCUCCAAGCCAAGCUCGAGACGGCCCUCGUCGAGAUCAGGAAGAAUCAAAAUUUAGCGGUGUCUAAGAUUCCGGACGCAACAGCACCUGCAGGAGCUGCGCAAGCGGACGCACUACAUGUACAGGUAGCGACGCCCGGCGGAACGUCGGCGCCGCCGUCGCCGGACGCCUCCUUUGGCGUGUCCUUCGAGGAGGCGGUGCGUGCCGCCGGGGAAUACCCCGGCGCCGACAAAAUUCUCAGCGAGUACCGCAAGCUCAGAGGGGAGUACGAGGCGCAGAAGCAGAAGAUGGUCAAGGUGAAGAAGGAGCAGUUCAAGGCGUGCGAGAUCAUCAAGAGUAUGAUCGACUCGAGGAACCAGGCGAACGUCGAGAUCGCCGAGCUGCGCAAAAAGGUCGACGAGACAAACGAACUGCGCAGGCAUGUGAAGCAGCUCGAGCAUGAACUCGAGUCGGUCGUGUCGAAGCCGACGAGCGACGGGGACGAAACGUCGAUGCAGCGAGUCGCGAAUUUUCCCAGCGAUGAGGUACGGUUUAGAAAAGAUAUUGAUCGGAAGUUUGGCAAGUUUCAUUUUCCUAGAUAGAUGCUUUUUGAUCGCUUGUAGGUGCAUGGCUUUUCGUGCUUCAACUAGUUGUGUUUUCUAAUUCUAUUCUAGUUCUGAUUUCUAAUAUAUCCAUAUUGUUUUA